ACUACUCCGAAAUUUAUAUUUACUUCACGGAUUUCUCUUCAUUCUUUUCUCUUCCCUACCGUACAGUCUCUCCAAUUCCUCUGUCCUCCCGCGCUUCUGCUUUUUCCAACAAUCAUCAUGUCGCCAAUUGCGCUUGAAAAGGAGGACCAUGUCCGCGAUGCCGAAUUCAAUAAGGUCAUGCAUGGCAAGUCUGCACAGUCAAAGGGUGGCAUGACCGCCUUGUUGCAGAAGGACAGGGCUGCGCAGCAGGCCGCUGUGGAUGAGUACUUCAAGCAUUGGGACAAUAAGGCGGCGGCCGAUGAGACUGAGGAGACCCGCAAGGCUCGACGAGACGAAUAUGCUACUCUCACAAGGCAUUACUACAAUCUCGCCACCGAUCUGUACGAAUACGGCUGGGGCCAGAGCUUCCAUUUCUGUCGUUUCGCCUACAACGAGCCGUUCCGCCAGGCCAUUGCCCGUCACGAGCACUACCUCGCCCAUAUGAUGAACAUCAGGGAGGGCAUGCGUGUUCUGGAUGUCGGAUGCGGUGUCGGAGGCCCUGCACGGGAGAUUGUCAAGUUCACUGGCGCCAAUGUCAUUGGCCUUAACAACAACGACUAUCAGAUUCAGCGGGCGACACACUACGCGGAGAAAGAGGGGCUGUCACAUAAGCUCAAAUUCACGAAGGGCGAUUUCAUGCAAAUGUCCUUCCCUGACAACUCCUUCGAUGCAGUUUACGCCAUUGAAGCCACUGUCCAUGCCCCGUCAUUGGAAGGCAUCUACAGUGAGAUUUUCCGUGUCCUCAAGCCCGGCGGCGUGUUUGGCGUCUACGAAUGGCUCAUGACGGACAAGUAUGAUAACGACAACCCCCAUCACAGAGAGAUUCGUUUGGGUAUUGAGAUCGGCGAUGGUAUCUCCAACAUGGAGAAGGUGGAUGUCGCAUUGAAGGCCAUGAAGGCGGCCGGCUUUGAGCUCGAGCACCACGAAGAUCUGGCGGAUCGCGAGGAGGAGGACUACUCUCCAUGGUACUGGCCGUUGUCCGGACAGCUCAAGUACAUCACGACUCUUGGAGAUAUUCCCACGAUUCUGCGCAUGACGAAGAUUGGGCGCAGUACCGUUCACAAAUUCGUCGGUGCGCUUGAAUGGAUCGGCCUGGCCCCCCAGGGGACUCAGAAGACGGCCGACAGUCUCGCACUGGCUGCUGAUUGCCUUGUCGCAGGUGGCAAAGAGAAGCUGUUCACGCCUAUGUACUUGAUGGUUGGAAGGAAACCAGAUACCGCAUAGGGUGGAUGAUUCUCUCUUGACCCUUAUGCCACUGCGCGCGCGAUAGAUUUCGAUUCGAUUUUCUCCCGUUCUUGUUCAGGUCCUUCUUCUGGCCUAAGACAUUUCUGCAUCUGGAUGGGUUCGCGAAUAUAAAGCUAUCUAAUAAUGUUAGGCUUGUCUCAAGCGGCAUGCCUACGGUAUGCUGCUAUAUGGUGGACGAAGAAUGAGAAAGUAAUACGGAUACUGGGGUAGACUGUAUAUGAGACUAAGCUCGCUUCCAUAGUAAUACGAGCGUUAUGCAACCCGAGACUGCUUGGGAC